AUGCAUUCCCGUGUACUCGCCCGCGCUCUGCCCAGCGCCGGCAAGCUGUUGAGACAUGGGUCUUGCGUCAGAUACUCUGGACGCUGUUACUCAACAGCGAUGGACAGUGCUUCGACGAACCUGCCGUUGGCGGGCUAUCGAGUGCUGGACAUGACACGGGUCUUGGCUGGGCCCUACUGUACACAAAUUCUGGGUGAUCUAGGAGCUGAGGUUAUCAAGAUUGAGCACCCAACGCGAGGAGAUGAUACACGCGCUUGGGGCCCUCCCUAUGCCAGCUACAGUUCAGAGUCGGCACUGUCAGGCCCCGGGGAGUCAGCUUACUUCCUGGCGGUGAAUCGAAACAAGAAGUCACUUGGCCUCUCAUUUCAGCACCCCGAGGGCGUGGAGAUCCUGCACAAGCUAGCGGCCAAGUGCGAUAUCCUGGUCGAGAACUAUCUCCCAGGAAGCUUGGCCAAGUAUAAGAUGGAUUAUGCCACAUUGCGAGACAUCAACCCGGGGCUUAUCUAUGCCAGUAUCACUGGCUAUGGUCAGACGGGCCCAUACUCCAGCCGGGCUGGUUAUGAUGUCAUGGUCGAGGCUGAGUUUGGGUUGAUGCACAUCACCGGCAGCCGGGAUGGACCACCAGUCAAAGUAGGCGUCGCCGUGACGGACCUGACCACGGGGCUGUAUACUAGUAACUCAAUCAUGGCUGCAUUGCUUGCUCGGGGAAGGACGGGCAGAGGCCAGCAUAUCGAUGUUGCUCUAAGCGAUUGCCAGACGGCGACGCUAGCAAAUAUCGCAAGCAGUUGUCUGAUUAGUGGCAAGAAGGAUUCUGGAAGAUGGGGUACUGCUCAUCCGUCGAUCGUACCAUACAAGUCCUUUAAAACGAAGGAUGGAGACAUCUUACUUGGGGGUGGUAAUGACCGCCUCUUUGGGAUCCUGUGCGACGGUGUAGGGCGCCCGGAGUGGAAGACGAGCCCCAAGUACUCCAUUAAUGCACAGCGUGUCGCGAACCGGGUAGAGCUCGAGGCCGAGAUUGAAGCAAUCACAGCCCAAAGAACCACGCAGGAAUGGCUCGAGGUAUUUGAGGGUAAAGGCAUGCCUUACGCGGCUGUGAAUGAUGUUCAGGGGACGCUUAACCACGAGCACACGAAAGCUAGGAAUAUGGUGGUGGAAAUGGAGCAUGGAGAGUGUGGGCCGAUCAAGAUGGUCAACACCCCAGUGAAGUACAGCGAGAGCGAGCCGAGAAUCCGGAGCCCACCACCAACGUUGGGUCAGCACACGGAUGAAGUCUUGAGUGCGGUUCUGGGCUUAGGCAAGGAUGAGAUAGAAGGAUUGAAAGAGGCUGGCGCUGUUCGGUGA